AUGAAACUCUAUGUGUACCCCAUCAAGUCCCUACGAGGAACCGCCGUCCCCGAGGGCACACUCACACCACUAGGAUUAGAAUGGGACCGACGGUUCAUGCUACUAAAGGUCGAGCCGACCGAAGACGGCUCAACCACAUUGAAGAACAUGCACGUCUCGCACCAUCCCGAGAUGUGCCUCUUCCAAACCGCAGUCGAGCUGCCACAAAACAAUUCAGAUAGUGGGAAAAUCACCGUUACGUACAAUCCCGCGUCAGACGCAGAGGAGCCGAGACGCGAAACCAAGAAGCUCGACAUCCCACUGCGCGUGACUAGCCAGCAGGUGAAAACGAUGGAAAAGUUGACGGUCACGAUGUACCAGACCUCGACGACGGCGUACGACAUGGGGGCUGAGUAUAACGAGUGGUUCACCGAGUGUUUCGGGUAUCCCGUUGUCCUGGCGUAUCUGGGGGCGAACACUAGAGGGAUCCUGGGGACGCUUCCGCCGCGGAAGCGGAAUAAAGAAACUGUCUGGGAGUCGUGGUGGCGCGAGGUUAGCGAUCCUAAAGGGAAAGAGGGGAUCCUGAUGGGUCUUCUUGCGGUCUAUAUUUCUGGGACUGUUAUCUGGAAAGGAUAUGAUGUGGUUCAGCAGGGCAUGACCUCGGAUGUAUUGAGUGUCAAGACAUGCAUCAACACGUUCGCUGCGGUCGUGGUAUUAUCCGCUCUACACUGGACUACUCUUCGCCGCCGCGAAGACCGAAUCGGAUUUUCCGACUGCGCGCCAUUCCUGAUUAUCUCCGAGACAUCGGUCGACAAUGUCUCAGCGCGGCUUCCGGAGGGCGAAGAAAUGGACCGAACGAAGUUCAGACCGAAUAUAGUUGUUUCGGGUGCUGAGAGUGCCUUUGAAGAGGAUUUCUGGACCGAGUUGGCCGUUGGGCCGAGGCGGUCUCGUUUGUUAUUGACGGGGAACUGCGUGCGGUGUCAGAGUCUGAAUGUGGAUUAUGGGACGGGGAAGAUAGGGACGGGCGAGUCCGGAAGUAUUUUGAAGAAGCUUAUGAAGGACAGACGGGUGGACCGGGGUGCUAAGUUCAGCCCUGUGUUUGGACGGUAUUCGUUCCUUGAUCGACUUGCAGCUGGUGAGCAGAUUCGCGUCGGUGAUGAGGUUCAGGUUGUUAGGCGUGGUAAGGAGCGUACGGUUGUUGUGCAGUGUGUCAGUGGUUCCGUGUGUCUGAUCAGCUUCCUGUUGACACUGCUCAAUCUCACCUCAAUUCAUCGCUGUGGCUUGAACGGCCAAGACUUCACCAAGAAUCCCGACACUUCUCAAUCUUACGCCGCUGCCUGGAAUCUCCGAACUCUCACAUCGGCCUUUAUCCCAACACCUAGACCGGCGCUGCAGUUGAAGGCUCGUGGUUGCACCGGUGUCACGCUUCCCGCCUUUACACUCUGA